AUGCGAAAGACCUCGCUCAGGCUGUACCUGCAAGUAAAAAAUGCAGGCGCACAGGAGAACCCAGCACGGGCCGGAGGAAAGAGAAAAAUGCCAAAUCGCUUCAAGGUCUCCAGAAAGAGGGCGUGCACGGAAAAAGGCUUUGAAAGCAUUGUACGCGCCUUUGACAGGAACUGGCCCGAAUUUCUGCACAAGCAGUGCUGCAGGGCCAUAGAAGAAGAAAUUUCUUCCUCCAUAGUGAAGACGCCGCUGUCUGAAAUAGACUACGCCGCCCUAAGAAGGCCGCACAUUAUGCCGUCUCCGAUUGAGUACUACUCGCUUUACGGGUCGUACACGUCUUUACAGCUGUUCAACUUCCACACACUUCCCAGCCUGGGCUCUGAGCAUGGGACUUCGUCAGCCCAAGACGUCUGCACAUUCUACGACUCGGAAGAAAACGCGUCUCCCACGAUGAGUAUUAACGUGAGCAACUGGCGUGUUUCCGUUGGCCCUGGGGAAGUGCUGAACAGUCCUGGCGGGUAUCCUUACAUGUGCGAGGAGUCUCUUCUUAUAGAAAGGCUGCUAGAGGAGCUGUGA